AUGGACGCUCCUUGUCUGGCGAUUCGUUCGCCCCUCCUCAGACGUUGUCAUGUCUGUCUUUCCGGUUCGCGCAUACCCGAUGCAUCUCGCUUGACCCGACCACGUGCCGUCACCCCAUUCAUUCGCCGCUCCAGCACCCGCAGAUAUGCCACCGUCCAAGACACACAGGCGGACAGUUUGAAUGACUCCAAGUCUCGUCAAGCGCAUCCGCUAUCGGGGUAUUACUACGAUAUUUUGUCCACUCGCUCACCCUACCGACACCACGCAACAACCGAUACCAAGACUGAAGAGCCCAAGCCAGAGGCGCAAACACCACAGGAAAAGAUGGCCAUUGUCUUCGGCACUCGGUUAGCUGGUCCCGGCAGGUCCUCACGCUACGAUCCGGGCUCCGCACCGGAUAAGACAUGGAAAACCAUAAACGGGGUGGCCAUCCCUCCUCGACCGGAGGAGCCCGACAAUUGCUGCAUGAGUGGCUGUGUCCACUGCGUAUGGGACGAUUUCCGAGACGAGCUGGAGGACUGGGCCUUCAGGCUUGAACAAGCCAAGGCGAAGGGUGCGACCAAAAGUGAUGCCUCGGAUACGCGGCAUACCCCACGAGCGGAAGUCCGCUCAGCUAGCAUGAGCAUGGAUGACGAUGGUGGUGGCAGUGAGACCAAUUGGUCGGCGCCUACUUCGGACGAUGACUUGUUCGCGAGUAUUCCUGUGGGGAUUCGAGAGUUCAUGAAAACGGAGAAGAAACUGAAGCAACGGCAUCAGCAGGAAUCAGCGUGA